AUGCGGACCUUCUUCUACCACUUGAAGUUUGAGCUCUACCCGACUCCCAACCCAGUACCCAGCGACAAAAUAUCAAAAGGGAAAGCGCAGGCUUCUUUUUCCAGCAAAGAGGUUUGGGUGCCGCCGAAAGGCACCGACAUCUUCGACGAGCUUCCAGCGCAUUCUAGGAAAUCGUCAAAGAGAUCGUACUCUUUCCGACCUCAGCCCUCGCCGUUGCAAUCCUACGAAGCGCCCUUCCCGGCCGAUACCUACCGAUCGAGCGAGCUCCGAGAUUUGAGUACAUCUGGGACCGCAAAUCUGAUUGACUGUGGCCCGUCCAGAGCGCCUGUCAAGGAGGACAGCGGUCGAAACAUCGAAAGGAUAACAGAGAAGCAGUGGCGAGCGCGCACGCAGAGCUUUCCUCCGCCACCGUCUUCUGCGGCGAUUCGGCCUGAGACAGCCGUUCGGGACUGGAGGUUCGGACAGCUUAGCAUACAGAGUAUCGAUCUUGAGGGCAACAGCGACCAAAUGGCGGCAGAAGGCGCAAGUUCGUCCGCCGCGCUUGGCGUGGGUCCGACAUUCGUGGGCACGACAACAAAAGCGAAAUAUGUUCCUCUCGAAACAAAGAAUACAGACAUCGGCUGGGGUGUGGUUCACUUUUACCGCGAAGAGGAGGAGACACCAGAACUCGGCCUACCCCAUUCAGAAGAUGACAGCAACAAGACAGAAGACUGCACAACGCUCUGCAUUCCUGCGGUACCCAGUUAUCUCACGCCGAGCGAUUUCUUGGGUUAUGUGGGCGAGAAGUGGAGGGACGAUAUCAGUCACUAUCGAAUGGUCAUGACAGCCAGGAUGAACCGAUAUCUGGUCCUGCUGAAGUUCCGGGACAGUGACCGCGCACGGAAGUGGCAGAGAGAGUUUGACGGCAAGGUCUUCAACAGCAUGGAGGCCCAAGUUUGUCACGUCGUGUUCGUGAAAUCGAUUACUUUUGAGACCCCUACGAGAGAAAACCGCACGUUUCCCGACCUCACCCACGAUCCCUUCACGCCGUCUUCUUCUGUUGCAGCGUCGAGCAGUCUCAAACCCUUUCCUCCUCCAACACCGAACCUCGUUGAAUUACCCACAUGCCCAGUUUGCCUAGAACGCAUGGACGAUACAACCGGUCUGAUGACAAUACCAUGUCAACAUGUCUUCCAUUGUACCUGCCUCCAGAACUGGAAGGGCUCAGGGUGCCCCGUCUGCAGACACACGAACCCUGAAACUAUCUACGACCCAUCAAACCCAUAUACACAACCUUUUGGGUCAUCCGCUUCCAAUCUCUGCAGCGUGUGUGACUCGACGGACGACCUUUGGAUCUGCCUCAUCUGUGGAAACGUCGGUUGUGGUCGGUACAAAGGUGGUCACGCAAAGGACCACUGGAAGGAAACUGCACAUAGCUUCGCCCUCGAGCUCGAGACACAGCAUGUGUGGGAUUACGCGGGUGAUACCUGGGUUCAUCGUCUCAUCCGCGACAAGGGCGACGGAAAGGUGGUUGAACUCCCAGGAAGCAAUGGCCAUCAUCACAGACCAGAAGGGGGGUUCGAGGACCUUGUCCCACGAGCGAAGCUUGACAACAUAGGUCUAGAGUACACCCACCUUCUGACCAGCCAACUAGAAUCGCAGCGCGUCUAUUUUGAAGAGAUGCUCAGCAAGGUAGCUGACAAAGCAUCCAAAGCCGCAGCGACAGCAGAAUCCGCCUCGGCGCAGGCAUCGAUCGCGCUAGAAGAGAACUCGACCCUCAAGGCGGAGCUUGCUCGUCUGAAAACACAGGUCAUACCCCAACUGGAACGCGACGCAGAGCGGGACAGGAUGAAAGCUACGAAAUCACAGGAGCUGGCACGUAAUUUGAGCAAAGCUUUACAAGAAGAAAAGGAAGUCACGCAAGGCCUUAUGAAGCGCGUAGAGCAUAACAACGCCGAAGUUGAAGCCCUACGACAAAAGGACGGGGAGUACAAGGCUCAGAUUGCGGAUUUAGAAGAGAUGAACCGCGACCUGACCAUGUUCAUAUCGGGGCAGGAGAAGCUCAAGGAGCUUGAGAACGAGGGCAAAGUGGAGGCGGGAGAAAUUGCGGAGGGGAGCGUGAGUGUACCUGACAAGAAGGGCAAGCGGAGGGCGAGGAAGUGA